UCUGCAGAAUAAACCGUUAGAUGAAAGUGAAACUCAGCUGCUCCAUUUUGUUCCGAGAGGAAAAUAAAAUAUUCCAGGAGUAAAAGCUAAAGCUCUGAUAUAUAAACGCUCUAAAUGAAGACGUUUAGAGUUAAUAUAAGGAGUUUUGUUGGUUUGUACUGAAGUUUUUAAUGUACACAGGUUGUUUUAUGACUUGAUAUCGUGUGUAUAGUGUUUGAUUUAACACACCGAUGUUGGAGUGAAGUAAACGUGUGUCCUGCUGUAAUCUGGAGAAGGAGACAUGACCUCCAACAUGAGUGUGUCUGGAAAACAGGACUUAAAGAAAGACGAGAGAAUGAUGGAGGGAAAGAGAUCAGACUCACCAGAACCCAGCUGUGUGUCCAUGAAGAGUGACCAGUCAAUGGAUCAUCCAAAUGCCUUCAGAGACAGAGACAGUUCUACUGAUGUGAGACCACAAAAGAAGAAAUCAAACAUCAGCAGAAAUCAGCUGGACUCCAUAUUCAAGGAGCUGGAACACAAAGUCAUCACUCUGAUAAAGAAUGAGCUGAAGAGGUUUAGGAAGCUCCUGAGUCCAGAUUACCCAGCAUGCACUGAGAGGGAGGUGGAGGAUGAGGAGGAUCUGCACAGUGUCAGAGAGGGAGCUCUGAAGAUCACACUGCACUUCCUGAAGAACAUGAAGCACACAGAUCUCGCUAACACACUGCAGAACAAACUCGUGUAUCAGACAAAGCUGAAAUCCAACCUGAGAGACAAGUUUAAAAGAAUUAAUGAAGGAAUCUCACAGCAUGGAAGAUCAGCACUUCUGAAUGAGAUCUACACAGAGCUCUACAUCACAGAGGGUUGGAGUGGAGACGUCAAUAAUGAACAUGAGGUGAGACAGAUUGAGACAGCGUCCAGGAGACCAGCAACACAGGAGACACCCAUCAACUGUAAUGACCUCUUUAAGGACAAGUCCAUCAGAACUGUGCUGACUAAAGGAGUUGCUGGAAUUGGAAAAACAGUCUCUGUGCAGAAGUUCAUUCUGAACUGGACUGAAGGAAAAUCAAAUCAGGACAUCACCUUCAUGUUUCCACUUCCCUUUAGAGAGCUGAAUCUGAUGAAGGAGAAAAAUCUCAGUCUGAUGAAUCUUCUUCAUCACUUUUUCCCAGAAAUAAGAGAACUAGAAUCAAUAGACUGUGACUCCUACAAAGUGGUGUUGAUCUUUGAUGGUCUGGAUGAGUGUCGACUUCCUCUAAAUUUCCAGAAGAAUGAGAGAUUGUGUGAUGUGACAGAGUCAGCCUCAGUGGAUGUUCUGCUGACGAACCUCAUCAAGAGGAAUCUGCUUCCCUCUGCUCUUCUCUGGAUAACCUCUCGACCAGGAGCAGCCAAUCAGAUCCCUCCUGAGUGUGUAGACCAGGUAACAGAGGUACGAGGGUUUAAUGAUCCUCAGAAAGAGGAGUACUUCAGGAAGAGGAUCAGUGACCAGAGUCUGGCCAAUAGAAUCAUGAGACACAUGAAGUCUUCAAGAAGCCUCUACAUCAUGUGCCACAUCCCAGUCUUCUGCUGGAUCUCAGCCACUGUUCUAGAGAGAAUGUUGGGUGAAGCAGAGAGUGGAGAGAUCCCCAAGACUCUGACUCAAAUGUUCACACACUUCCUGAUCUAUCAGAUCAGACACAAGGAUGAAAAGUACCAUCAGAAACAUGACCCAGAUCCUCAGCAGACCAGAGAGAGUAUCCUGGCACUGGGAAAACUGGCUUUCCAGCAGCUGGAGAAAGGAAACCUGAUCUUCUAUGAGGAAGACCUGAGAGAGUGUGGCAUUGAUGUCAGAGAAGUGUCAGUGUACUCAGGAGUGUGUACCCAGAUCUUCAGAGAGGAGUUUGGGCUUCACCUGGGGAAGGUGUUCAGCUUUGUACAUCUGAGUGUUCAGGAGUUUCUGGCUGCUUUAUACGUGUUUUUCUGCUUUAAAUUUAGAAAGACAAAUGUGCUUGUGGAGCAAAGCACUGGACAUUUUAAUUUCUUCAGAAAUCCAAACAUGUCUGAUCUCCUCAGGAGUGCAGUGGACAAGGCCUUACAGAGUGAGAAUGGACACCUGGACCUGUUCCUCCGCUUCCUUCUGGGUCUCUCACUGGAGUCCAAUCAGACUCUCCUACGAGACUUUAUGCCACAGACAGGAAGUAGUUCUCACAGCAAACAGGAAACAGUGGAGUACAUCAAGGAGAAGAUCAGGGAGAAUCCAUCUUCAGAGAAAUCCAUCAAUCUGUUCCACUGUCUGAAUGAACUGAAUGAUCAUUCUCUAGUGCAGGAAGUACAGACUUACCUGAACACAGGAGAUUACAGGUGUCUCAGUGGAUCCAGUCUCUCUCCUGCUCAGUGGUCAGCUCUGGUGUUUGUGUUACUGACCUCAGAACAGGAGCUGGAUGAGUUUAAUUUGAGGAAAUAUGAUCAAUCAGAGGAAUGUCUUCUGAGACUGCUGCCAGUGGUCAAAGCCUCCAGAAAAGCUGUAAGAUUGUUUCACUUUUUACACUAACACGUCAUGUCUGCACUGAGGGCUGGGCCAUAUGGACAAAAUCUUAUGGAUCAGGAUAUGAAUCAUUUUAUAUCUUUUAUAGAUGAAUCAUGAUAUAUUAAGUUUUCUCUGAAAUUUAUAUAAAAAUCUGUACAAAAUAACUGCAUGCAUUUAAGAACUAAACACAUUUCUGAACUAAAUAGCAGUGAAAGACACUUUUUCUUUUCUCUGUUUAUUCUGAAAGUGACAUUGAACAGAACUCUCACAAAUGAGAAGAAGAAAAACAUCAAGCUGUCAAAAUGGGAUCAAUAUGAAUAGAAAAUAUAAAAAGUAAAUAUUAAACACUCUGUUCACCUUCAAGUACCUGUUUAGGUUCAAGUUCCUCAUCUUUUGUUCUGUGACACAGUGUUGUGGAGAGAUUCACUCUGUCAUGCUUUUAUUUCUUCCAAUUUUUCACAUUUUCUUCCUAAUUUAAUCACGGCUGAUUCCCACCAUCUAACUGGGAACAAAAUACUGAACUGGACCAUACUGGAAAGAGUCGAGUUGGAUUUUCUUUAAAUAGUAUAAACUAGUAACAGGGCCAUUUGGAACAAAUAGUGCAUUUUUAUUACAUUUCCUGUCUUAUACUCUUUAUUUAAAAGAAUCAUUGUUUAUUUAAGAAAGAGAUUCUUACUUUUUUGCACAUCUAUAUUUUCCAAAGUCCAUUCUAAUAAAUAAAACACGAUAAAUCUAUAUUGCUAAUAAAAUGAUUUUCUUGAGUGUAAUUUUGAAAGAAUAAAAUUGCCCAGCCCUUACCACCUUCUGAGACAAGACGAAAAAACCAACUCUAUCUUUUCAAACUGUUCCUGUAAAUUAACACACUUGCUGUAACUGACCAGUUCCAUAUGUAUGACCACACACAGGCUCCCAUGACUGGCUUUACCUUGUUUAAUUACCUGGUUUAGUUUGAACAAAUCAACCUUUUUCUUUAGUUUGGAUCUGUUUGGACGUAUGUGAAGACUCCACCUGUACUCGGGUCCACACCAAACACCUGAACCAGUGUGUGUGUAAAAUCAGAGGUCUCCAGGUGACAGAUUUGUACCUGUACGAGCACAGAGAACAACACACACCAACUGUUUUACCGUCUCUGUGAAAUUCAGCAUAUAACUCAGUGUAAAGUACGACUAGUAUUGGCAUGUUAUUAACUGCUAGUGUACAGCUCUAUAAUUCUUUAUUUUCUGUAAUAAAAUGCACUGGAGCUGCAGUGUUGGGUGUAGAAACUUGAACACAGAUCAGAGUGUAGUGUUUGUAGGCUGCUCACUCUCACCUGUGUGUGUUAUGUACAUGACCUAAUGGUCUUAUAAUAAAUUGUAGGUGAGAGAUUGUGGAGUUCAGAAAGACGUCCCUGCUCCUGUAAAUGUCCUGAUGUGGUGUCCUGUCCUCUGAUUUCUGUGUGUGAGAGAAACACACUCACAUUUCUGUUACAG